AUGAAUACACAUGCCAAAGCAAUUUCUCGAAGUCCGCGGCGUAAAUCUGAUGCUCAUGAAUCCCAACAGGAUACCCAACGCCGAAAUUUCAAUACUCAUAAAAAUGCACAGAUACAUGCCAAAGCUACUUCUGGAAGUCCACGACGUAAAUCUGAUGCUCAUGAAUCCCAACAAAACAGCCAGCGCCGAAAUUCCAAUACUCAUGAACAUGCGAACACGCAGAAAAAAGCUGCUGCACACAGUCCACGUCGUAAUUCCAAUGCUCAUGAAUCAAAGAACGGCACUCAUAAUCAUGCAAACAAGCACAGAAAAGCUGCUGCGCAUAGUCCAGGACGAAAAUCUGAUGCUCAGAAACUCCAAACCGAUCAUCAUGAACAUUUGACUACACACGAAAAACCAAUGACACAGGACAACGUAGCUACAGAUAGUAAUGUAGGCACACUCCAUCAGUCAGAUACUCACCAGCCAGAAAAUAGCACAUGUGAUGAAGCAAAGCCCGAAAUAACUGAAUCCAAUGAAACUGAACCGCGUAAUGCUGAACACGCAGCUGGACGAAGAAGGAGAUCGAUCAAUCCAGUUUCGGUUUGUGUGCAGCAAAGUGAACAUCGCAUAAAAGUACAACAUUUGGGAAUGGAGCAUCUUUUUAGUGCACUAUCCAAUUUACACCAUUCGAUUCGAAUUGGUGGAUAUUGGACGAUACCAAACUUUCUGUGGAAUCCAAUCACUAAUCAUCGAUGUGAUCUAGAAAAAGUGAGUAUGUGCCGUCCAGAACUGUGGAAUCAUCAUGAUGAUAUUAAAAUAUCCUGUUUUGAAAAUGAAUUUGAACUGCUAAAAUGGAGUAAACAAAUUCUCAUUCCAACAAAUCAUCUUAACUCAAGAAUUCCAAACGCUGAAACUGAUUUUGAAAGUUUAUUACCAUUCCCAAAUUUAUUUAAUGUAACAAUUAUUAAUGUUGAACAAUCACAAAUAUGUCAGAAAUCAAGUUCGAUUGUAUGUCAUAAACGAAUGGAUCUGCAUAAUGACAGAAAAUGUUCAUUUUAUCUUUGUCAUACAACAAAAUCAACAGAAUUAAUUAACGUAACAUUUCAAUAUGAACCGACAAAAAUCAUGGUGACUAUGUCGAUGAUGUGUCAUCCAUUAACAAAAAAACAAACAAGAGACUAUCGAACUUUUAAAGAAGACAAAAUCUGUCAUUUUCUAUCACCACAGGCGAACUUUUUUCUGUGUGACAAUCAAUUCUAA